AUGGCAACCACGGAGAAACUCGUCAGUCCCUCCUCCAUCGGCCACUUCGGCAUUAGAACAACCCCUGAAAAGUUCGAGGCCAUGGUCAAGUGGCACCUCGACUUCUUCGGUGGACGCGAGGUACUUCGAAACGCCAAGGCCAGCUUCAUCCAGUGGGACGAAGAGCACCACAGAAUGGUCAUCGUGCAAGACGACAGCCACGAGCAGAUCCCAGCCGACAAGCGCCCUACAGCAGCAACAGUCUACCACAUCGCUUUCACACUCAACUCUCUCGAGGAUCUUGCCACCAGCUACGAGCAGAAGAAGGCCCGCGGCAUCCUGCCCCACUGGCCUGUCAACCAUGGCAUGAGCACCUCGAUGUACUACUUUGAUCCGGAUGGAAAUGAGUUUGAGAUGCAGGUCAACAACUUCGACACAGCGGAUGAAGCUCUGGAGUUCAUGAAGACGCCAGAAUAUGCGACGAACCCGAUUGGCGUGGAUAUUGAUAUUGAAGAGUGGCUGGCACGGGUCAAGAGCGGGGAGGAUGAGAAGACUCUCAAAAAGCGUCCGGUUAUUGGGCAGAGGCUUAGCCGGUAUGAGAACUCGAUUUAUUGGAAGAAGCCAGAAGAAGCGUGA